UGGCAUGUGGACCCAUGGAUAAUUGGAUUCUCAUUUCUCCUAAUACAUUGCAUCUUCAACAACCCUUUUCACUACUUUGCAUCACCCCUUUGCAAUUUGUCUUAAACAAUUUUUCCCUAAUAAUUAUUUUAUUCUCCACCUCCGAGUCCGACCCAGCAUAUUUUCUUUUUAUUGUUUCUUGUUCAAUAAGAGGCUUCACCGAGGUUUUGGGAUGUAAUGGUUUCACCUUUGGACCUUCAUUUCAGGUUGAGUGCAAACUCCAAUCUUGAUUUGCGCUUCUUCAGUUUUAAAGUAAGUUCUUGACCAUAAAGUGCAACUCUUUCUUCCCCCCCUUGUAUUUUGGUGUAAAGAUUGCUGCUUUUUCGGGGUAUUUUGGCGAAACAUUGAGUAUGUUUGGUUAUUUCUGGUGAUUGGAGAUUUGCUUUUUGUAUAUGAAUGGAUGAUAUUUUAUGGGUUCUUUCCAUUUGUAAAAACUCGCGAAAGGGUUGAUCUGAGUUGAUGAUUAGAAUUUUGACAUAGGCGUCUUGGAUUGUGGUUUAGGAGUCUUAUGUGGUUGUUUCUGAGGAAUAGCGAUGAAUUGAGAGGACAGAUGAGGCUGUGUGUGCAAGGACAGAUGGGUUUUGAGGAUGUAAGACAGCUUGGAAUUUAGGGGUUUUAAGGAUCUUGCUAAAGAGUGUCUUCACAGAGUGAAGAUUGGGGUUGUGUGUGCACAAUUUGAUUGGUUGAGGUGAAUGUGUUUUGUGUUUGAUCUAAAGCUGUUUUAUAAGGGAUUAUGGAAGGAAAUCUGUCCUCGAGGAAUACGAUGCAAGGUGAUGGUUCUUUUGGAGGUUUUGAUUUGCAAGGCCCGAUUUUAGUUCAUCAUCACCAACAACUUAACUCUCAUCCUAGACAAGGAUCAUCGAUGCUUAAUCAUGAGAAUUUCCCCCUUACAAUGGGGAGCAGUCGAGAUUGUGAUCAUACUGUUUCGGUGGCUGAGUAUAAUAAACUGGAGAGAGGGAAAAUGGUGAGCGAUGAGGAUGAGCCAAGCUUUGUGGAAGGUGUUGCAGAUGGUCGAAAUGAUCCAAGCAAAGGGAAGAAAGCUUCUAUGUGGCAACGCGUCAAGUGGACAGACACGAUGGUCAGGCUGUUAAUUACUGCUGUUUCUUACAUAAGUGAGGAAGCAGCUGCUGAACAUGGGGGCGGUUCAGGGAGGAAAUAUACAAAUUUACAGAAAAAGGGGAAGUGGAAAUCUGUCUCGAAGGUCAUGGCUGAAAGGGGUCAUUUCGUUUCACCUCAGCAAUGUGAGGAUAAAUUUAACGACCUCAACAAACGAUACAAGAGGCUGAACGAGAUCCUCGGGAGAGGAACUUCGUGCGAGGUUGUUGAGAAUCCUGCACUUCUAGAUAUGAUGGAUCACAUUUCUGAGAAAGCAAAGGAGGAGGUUCGAAAAAUUUUGAGCUCAAAGCAUUUGCACUACGAAGAGAUGUGUUCUUACCAUAAUGGGAACCGUUUGCAUCUGCCUCCUGACCCUGAAUUGCGGCGUUCUUUGCAAUUGGCUCUUAGGAGUAGAGAUGAUCAUGAUGAUAAUGAUGUGAAAAGGCAUCCGCAUGAAGAUAACGAUGAGGUUGAUCAAGAAGCUGAAUUUGAUGACCAUGGUGAAAGUGAGGAUAAUCAGGCCCUACCUGGGGAUCACCGGGCAUAUGGACUGCCUGGGAACCCUGCAAAGAGGGUGAAACACUGUCAGGGUCAUGAGGAUUUUAGUUUCAGGAGUUGUUUGAAUUCUGUAGAUUGCAACAAAACUUUCAAUUUUCAGGCAGAAAAUGCCGAUUCUGAUGCAAACCAAGCUACUGGCGAUGGCCCAAAAUCAAACGCCAUGUUACAGAAGCAGUGGAUGAGUCAUCGGAAUCUUCAGUUAGAAGAACAAAGGCUACACAUAGACCUGCAAAUGUUGGAACUGGAGAAAGAGAGGUUCAAAUGGCAGAGAUUUUGUCGGAAAAAGGAUCGAGAAUUAGAGAUGAUGAAGAUGGAGAUUGAGAGAAUGAAACUCGAGAAUGAACGUAUGGCUUUGGAGCUGAGACGAAAGGAGAUGGGCAUCGACAACAAUUAAACUCCUCCUUUCUUGACAAACCCCAUCAACCAUUGAGGGGUAUAUUUGAUGAUGCAUUACACCAGUUUCUCUUGUGUAUAUGUUUCAGUUCUGGCUUAUGAUCAUGCUUGUAUCAUUCAUAGCAUUGACUGUAGUUUUAUACAUAUUGUAGGGAAUACUUGUGCGGUUGAGGAACUUGUGUCAUUUGUGGUUGUUACCGUAUCAGACACGGGCUUCUGUUUUUGCACAUCUUUCUUAACGAUUUUCUGUGGUACUUGGUGGUAUAGCAAUUCAAGUGCAUUUAGCUGAUGAAAGAUUCACAUUCGUCAUUUGUAUCUU